AUGUUGCGCCGCCAAAUCGCUGACCAGUCCACAGUCGAUUUUGUAAGAAAGAGUUUUAUUCGGAACGAUGCACAACAAAACUAGCCAUAACCUAAUGUACUGAAUGAGAGAAUGUCGGAAGAGGAAGCGCUCUCUAGUGGCAGACAGCUCCGACGUAGACAGUGGUGGCAGGACAAGAGGAAUACGUUUGUGGAAGGAAACACUGCUCAUAGGAACACAAAACAUGAAGGAAGUAGUGCUGAAUCGCAGAAAUUGUUACCAGCCCUGCAGAAUGUCCGUGGUUUUAAAUCAAAACUCAUCGACACGAUGAAACUCAAGUUAACACCAGUAAGAAAUUCAAAUCCAACCAAAAACGUCAGCAGACAGAAGAAACCGAAUACGUCGAAAGACAAGGUUGUGACAAAGAAACUAUCCCCAAAACCGGUUGCAAAACCUGACAUGGUAACCAUGGUAACUGGUGUGAGUGCGGUUGAUUCUAUAAAGACCUCUCCAAGUGCGCACAUUCCCAAAACCUACGUGUUGUUCAUCGGAAACCUCCCGUACGAUGUCACCCGGGAUCAGCUGGAAGGCCACUUCAGAAAAACGGGUGCACGUGGUGUGAAGAGUAUUCGCAUCCCAAAGGAAAAAGGAACCGACAAGGGGCGGGGUUUCGCAUACAUGGAGUUCAAAGAUCGCAUCAGUCAUGGGAUUGCUCUUCGCUUGCAUCAGACAAAGCUGGGAGGGCGGCGGAUAAACGUCGAGUUUACGCCUACCGGGGGCAAGAAGAAGAGGAGGGAGACCCUCACCAACAGAAAACAGAAAAAAAUUAACAAAUUGAAAAGCUGAAACGGAGUCUCGUAAUUCACAUGCAACUAAAGCAACCUCAUUAUAUUUAUGUAAAUAUGUGCAAGUUAUUUGUAUCUUCAUUGUUUGCAUGUUUUUUUUUUUUAUAUUUAAUGAAAUUAUGCGGUGAAGUUCUGGGAAGGAAAAGUGUUGGAGAUCUCACCAAAAGGGGAUAUAACUCUAAACAGAUUGGAGGAAAGGAGAUUUGUAUAAAACGUUUUCAGACCAGAAUAUUAUAAACACUUUGAGCAAUGUAAAUGACUUGUAAAUGUUUAAUAUUUAUUUAAGUGUGUGUUUUUUUGUUUGUUUAUUAAAAAAUUUUUUAUCACCACUGGCCAGUGUAAUUUAUAUGUACAUGUAGUUUUGGUGGAUGAAGAAAAAUAUUUAUUCACUGCCCACGGUAAUAAAACUUUCCAGUCUGGACUCUAGGCUUGUCAGCUAGCAUCAUUUUUAUGAUUGUAAAAACUGGUCAUUAGAAGGGCAGGGCUCAAAAUUAAUAGAGCCAACUACAGGUAUGUCAACAUUAGGACGACCCAUGUUAAGUUAAAAAAACAAAAAAAGAGAUUUCUUUAACUUUGUAUAAUUACAAGCAUUCCACUGAUGUUUAUGGUGAUCAUAGAGCUUGGUACAUGUACAGGCAUUUUCUUUCGGUUUCCAUGCUAAUGCUGAUGCAUAGCUUUUGUACUCUGACUUUAGUGGACUAGAGUUUGGAGUUUUCCUUCUCCUUACUAGGAUUCUAAGUCUCUUCAGCCCAGUUUUUAUUUUGGAGUUUGCUUCUCCUCAGAGAACAUUGCCAUAUUAGCCAACUGCUAAUUUUUACAAAAAAUGGCUAAAAAAAAUUAGACUUUGGCUAAUAAAAUAGUCUUUAAAUUAACCACAUUUUAAUGAUGUUCAAGGAAAUACUCUAAAUUUCUGAAAAUUGGCUAAACUAAAAAAAAUUCCAGUGUGAGCCGUCUCCUAGACUUUCUUGACUCGCGUCCUCUGUCUGGUCCAUAUUAGUCUAGUCUUUACCCUUUGGGUGACCCUACCAGAAGCUGAAGCUCAGCUGGCAUAGCUCUCUGAGUCAUUGAGAUAUGCAAGCUACCUCACCACAUCAAGGAAUGGACCAUGAGAUAGACUGAUGUUCGAUUUACUCUAUUAUCAUUGAAUGACAUCGCUAAAACACUUAAUGUUAUACUUCAAUAAACCUCAUAAAAUUACGUUGUUAUUUCAAAUAAGAUGUCAUUACGUAAAAAAGGUAAUGGAAACUUAUUUAUUUGUAUAUUUAACUAAGUAAGUUGUGUUAUGUGGUUUUGUAUAAUUUCUGACUGUUAUACAUUGAUAAAUUCACCAAAAAAAUAUUUUAAAGUAAAAUGAGAGUAAAGUUUAUAUAAAUACAAUUCCAGUCCAAACCACAUUGUUAGCAACUACAACAAAUUAGCCUCCUACCUUUAAUUACUGUUGGAUUUCCUCCACCUUUUGUUCAGACAGGCAUUGUGAAAUAACUAUUACAAAGACACAUUUUCCACGUAUUAGAUGAUAAUCAUGUCACCUAUAUCUAAUUGGCAGGCAGCAAAAAAUUGCAUGCUUUUUGUCCUAGGAGAUCUUAGCAAAGUUGAAAUAGAUGUCAUUGUAAUGGCGUUUUCACGAUUACUGUCUGGACAAAAUGUGGGUAAAAUUUAUUGGUAAUUAAAGGUAGAGUAAUUUAUUGCAGUUGUUUGACGACAGGUGAUGUAUCUAUAAAAGAGGAAACACUCCAAGUUUUUUCCAUUCAUCAGUUUAGCAAGAGUCCAAUGUAUUUUCAUCCAUUGCAUCCCAACCACUACUGGUAUAUCAAAGAUUGUGGUAUGUGCUAUCCUGUCUUUAGAACUGCUUUUUAGUUUCAAGCAUUUGCUUCCAGAUUAAGUGUCAGAAGCCGAGAUUGGUUCCAAUUCCACAACAUAAAUAAGAGCCUUGAACAGAGCUUAUUGACCUCAUUGCCAAAGUAGCAAAUUGCUAAUUUUAUACAAAGUGGUUAUAACAUGCAAUAUUUCGCUAAAUUAAUCACUUUUUGACAAUUUUCAAAGAGCUACUCCACAUAUCAGAAAAGUGGCUCAAACUAAAUUAUUUCCAGUGUGAGCCCUGCAUGAAAGGUGUGUUGGUGCCAGCAUACUGAUUAAAAAGAAAUGUUCAUACAAAAACACCAAUCAGCAUUUGAUUAUGUUUUCAGAAGGAUAUGGGUGGUGAUUAUAACUAAUAAAACAAAUUGUAUGCUUUUUGUUAUGGUUCCUAAAGUCUUGAGUUUAGACAUUAAAGUGGGUACAGCUUUUGCAGUGGCAGAUCCAAAAAAUCCAUUUAGGGGGGGACAUUAUGACGUGGUCGAAGGCCACAAAUGUUCCUGAAGGGAUUCCUCGGAUUCUCCAACCUAAAAAAUUAUCAUCUCCCUCUUCCGAACCAAACUCUGGGAUUCGUCGAAGCAUGGAAUCCUGCUCCGUUCACAGCCAGAUUAGUUUAAAGGAGAAUGUUUGAGUCUUUUUGUUAUGUAGUGUAUAUUUUGUACUGCUUACAGUUUGUUACUGGAAGUGUUAAUUUAUGGUAAUUCUGUUUUUGUGGAGCAUCAAACCACUGUGUCUCUUGAAAUGUGUAUGUUUCAGAGUUAUUGUACUACCUGGAAAUCAUGGAAAGUGCUUGAAUUUCAUGAGCUUCAGAUGCCCUGGAAUAAUUACCUUUGUCUGUGUGUGUGGGGGGGGGGGGGGGGGGGGGGGGGGGAGGGGGAGAGGAUUAUGAGUGGAAAAAAAAGGAGAAAUUUUGUUUUUAUAAAAGUAGUAGUUUUCAAUUGGAAUUACAAAUUAUAACUUGUUUUACCCAUCUGAAUUUAAUGAUUGAUCAUAUAAAUUUAAUGUAUGUUUUGUCUGCUGAAAUUAAAAGGAAUGUUAUGGUCCUCUAAGUGUAAGAAGUGUGAUUGUUUAGGUAGAAAUUUCAAUUUUGUUCUACUAUAUGUAAGUACAUGUCUGUAUCACCCUAUGAGAAAAGUCUGAUCAUGUUCCUUUGAUUUCAGGCUGAGCUAGCGGGGAGACAAAGUGGUUUGGUUUAUGGGUGAGCUGGUGGGGAGACAAAGUGGUUUGGUUUAUGGGUGAGCUGGUGGGGAGACAAAGUGGUUAGGUUUAUGGGUGAGCUAGUGGGGAGACAAAGUGGUUGGGUUUAUGGGUGUCUUUUUGUAAAUCAGUGACUUUAAUGCACCAAACAUUUUGCAAAUAAAUUAAAAAAAUAUA